AAAUUUGUUAAAAAAGUCAUAAUUAAUUUUUUAAAGUAACAAAUAAAGAAUAUGAGUGAAUCCAUUCUUAACAUCGGUGAACAAGCUAAAGACUGCAAGAAAAUGUGCCAUUGUGAGGUUGAUUUAACAGUUGAGACUCUCACUGCUAAGUACGACCUACCAAUGGUAAAUCGUGAGUUGAUUUGGCCAACAAAAUACUAUUGGGACAACAUGAUGAUGGCUUGCUAUCAAAUGUACAAUUCAGCCAUGAAUAAUGACGAUUGUAUGGGAGUAGUUGCUGAUCAGUUACCAUCCUUAAAUCAAUUGGCCACGAGCUAUAACACAGAUGAUCAAAAUUCUAACGAAGGAACCAAAAAGAGAAAGUUCUCUAACACUUUGGACUAUGACAACUCUGAGUCUGUUGAGAAGAUGUCCAAGAAGGCCAAAUCUGAUGUCCGUCUGAAGACUCAGGAGAAGAGACUUAAAGAACAAAAUUUGAAGUACGAGUCCAAAGAAACUUACAACCCAAAGACUAAAAGGACUAGCAGAGUCCUUGUUUGUCUUCAUGAUGGAUGUGGCAAAGAGUUUAAAAAGACCAGGAACUUGAUCAUCCACUCUAGAGUUCACACUAAGAUCAGACCUCAUGUGUGCCAAUACUGCAACAAAGGAUUUACCCAGCAGUGUAAUCUGAAGAAGCACAUCGAAUUGCACUUAAACGGGACCUUUAAGAGUUCUGAAGUAGUUGCUUAAGCUCUAGAAUUAGGGGAGGAGAACUUCUAAAGGUGUCUUCCAUCCAUUCUGAUACAAAGUUAGAAUGGAUAACUUCAUGAUUUCUGACCUUGUCAGGAUCUCUAUAGAAUUAGACCGGCCAAUGGAAAUCUCCUACAAUGUAUGAUAAUUA